AUGGCGGACGACACAGAAAGACGACUAUCUGUUCGGUCCACGCCUCAUAUUCGCCUGAAUUCAGGCCGACAGGAACCCUAUGUUGACUUGGAAGAAGGAACCAGAGAACUGGAGCAUCAGCUAUCGAAUCGCUCUCAGCGGUCUCUGGUUCCCCCCGAGAGAAGGUCGACCGUGAUAACAGCUGCGCCUGAACUGCCAUCACCCCCAAUUAUAUCUCCUCCGAUCAUAUCGCCAACGGAUUCUUCAGAGCUGCUUUUCCCUCCCCCCAGAAAAGUACGGUCCCGAGGGAGUCCAGAUCGCUCUACAUUGAUAUCUGCUAUUUCAUACCAGAGAAACAGCUGGGACUCCCAUUCUGACGCUGGGAGCCGCGACAGCCGCGGCUUUCCGUUUGAUCCCUUUGUUGACUCGACAUGUCCUUCGCGGGCAGACAGCGACGAUGAAAAUGUGAACACGCAGACAGUGUCGGAAAAAUACAACAUCAUGCCGACGGAAGGGCUGCUUCUGUUUCCAGAGGAUGUUGAAAAAGAUGACUACUUGCACAACCCCGAUGCAUCCGACAGAGACCGAGUGUGUGAUAUGUGCAACACCCGAGGGGUGUUUAAUAUCGGUGGUCUGGCAUUUUUGACUAUUGGAAUUGUUGCCUUAUUCAUAGUCUAUCCGGUUACCACUUUUGUGGGACAAAUGUUUGAGCCGCCUUAUGACCCGUGCAAGGAAGAUCCAAUGUGUCUUGAUAACAACAAAUCACUGCUUAAGAAUGUUAGAACCGGACUUAUAGAUCCGAUGACACCGGAAUCAGCCAUGUCGAAAAUAUCAGCUGACGGGACGGAGUGGAAGUUGGUCUUUUCUGAUGAAUUUAACGUCCCCGGACGAACAUUCUACGACGGGGAUGAUCCUUUCUUUCAAGGCGUGGAUUUGUGGUAUGGUGUGACGCAGGAUCUAGAGUGGUACGAUCCAGAUGCAAUUACAACAAAAAACGGCGUUUUAGAAAUCCGAUUCGAUCCGUAUGAUAACCACAACCUCAACUUUCGCUCUGGCAUGCUUCAAUCGUGGAAUAAAAUGUGCUUUUCCGGUGGCCGUCUGGAAGCCAGUAUCUCACUUCCGGGACAAGGAGAUAUCUCCGGAUUUUGGCCCGGUUUCUGGGCAAUGGGAAACCUCGGCCGAGCAGGAUAUGCUGCUACAACAGACGGGAUGUGGCCAUAUAGCUAUCACGACGAGUGCGAUGUUGGAAUUACAGCAAAUCAAAGCUCGCCUGAUGGUAUGAGUUUCCUCCCGGGCAUGCGUCUACCUGCAUGUUCGUGCCCUGGAGCCGAUCAUCCAUCACCCGGAAAGUCUCGCAGCGCGCCUGAGAUUGAUGUGAUCGAAGCUAGUGUCACUGUUCUCGAUGAAUUCCAAGACCGCAUCGGUGUAGUUUCGCAGAGUCUGCAACUAGCACCGUACGACGUUUGGUACAUGCCAAACUAUGACUUCGCUGCGGUGUACGACUCAAGAAUCACAACGAUUAAUGAGUACCGCGGUGGUCCUUUCCAGGAAGUAGCUUCUGGACUGACCAACUUGAACAACGACUGGUACAAUGGAAAAGAGUACCAGAUUUACGCUUUUGAAUACACUCCCGGGGGUGAAGGAGACGUUACUUGGUUUGUUGGCGGCGACAAGACCUGGACAUUGGAUGCUCGCGCCGUCGGCCCCAACGGUAAUAUCGGCCAGCGAGUCAUCCCAACAGAACCAAUGUAUCCGAUUCUCAAUUUCGGUAUUUCAAAUUCCUUUGCAAUGAUCAACUGGACCGGGCUCGCGACGACUUUCCCGGCGACGAUGCGCGUUGAUUAUCUGCGCAUUUACCAGAAUCCCGACAAUAUCAGUAUCACCUGUGACCCGGAAGAUUAUCCGACUACAGAAUACAUUAAGAAACACCCAGAGCCUUACAACAACCCUAAUUUGACUACUUGGUCGGAUACCUACGACUGGCCCGAAAAUUCAUUUGUCCAUGGAUGCUAA